AUGGGGCCGUGCGGGAUUUGCUUCCCCGUGGCUCUGCUCGUCCUCGCAGCUGCAGGGACCCGGAGCCGGGAGGCGGGUCCGUGUGCCCUCCACGUGCUGGUGGCCCUGGAUGUCACCGACUACCCGCAGUCCAACCUGCAGCCCUACCUGGAGCGGGUCCUGCGGGACGUGGCCGCGCUGGACCACCUCACCUGCAGCCCGCUGGGCCUGAGCAUCACCCUGCAGAGCACGCAGCAGGACGGGGACACCAUCUUCCAGGAGCAGCUGCGGGAGCCCUGGGGGGACGUUCUGCAGCACCUGGCACGGGCACACACCUUCCAACGCUCCUACCUCAACCAGCCCGCCCUGCAGACCUUCCUCGGCACCCUGGCGAGGCAGGCGGCCGAUGCCAAGGUGCUUCUGGUGCUCACGGAUGGGCUGGAUGAUGAUGUGAGGAAGAUGAAGGAUGUGGCAACGGCGGCUUGGCUGCAAGACCAGGCCGACCUGCUGGUGAUGGUGGCGGUGAACAACGUGACGGGGCUGGGGGACCUGCAGCAGCUGGAGUUGGGGCGGUGGCUGGCCAGCGGGCAGCACCUCGCCGUGGACGCGCCGGAGGCCGGCGGGGUCCUGGCGCAGGAGCUGCUGGCCCUGGCAGAGCGGACGUGCUGCCAGAUGUGUCCCUGCACCUGCGUGGGGCUGCCUGGUCCACGCGGCCCCAGUGGCCCCCGGGGAGGCAAGGGGGUGACAGGGAGCAAGGGACGCGCUGGAGACGAGGGCGAGCAUGGACACAGUGGGGAGCAGGGACCGCGAGGGCUCUACGGCAGCCGAGGGAUGCAGGGAUGCCCAGGACAGUGCGGACCAAAGGGGCAGGCAGGAGCCAAGGGCAGGAAGGGGACUGUGGGACCACAGGGGCCCAAAGGCACCCUGGGCGAGAGCGGGUGUGACCGGCGGGGUGCUCCGGGGAGGAAGGGUGCCAAGGGCGCUCGGGGCCUGCUGGGGUACCCCGGGGCUCAGGGCGAUGGGGGCGAGAGAGGGUCCCCGGGGGACAAGGGUGCGCGAGGGCUGCCUGGGCGCAGGGGUGACGCCGGGAGCAGAGGAGAAACGGGUGGCCGCGGCAGCAUGGGACCUCCGGGAGAAAUGGGCCCGAAGGGCUCUCCGGGCAUUCCCCCCUCCACGCUGUGCGAGCUCAAGACUUUCAUCCGCCGGAGCUGCGUGGCCGGAACCAGGACCUGGAUGGCAUCGGGGAGGCUGCUCUGCAGUACGAAGCCCUGGGCAUUGUGCCGGCGGUGCUCACCUUCACCCCGCUGCCCGAGGUGGUGCGGGCUUUCCAGGUUAACGGCCUCUUCCGAGUGGUCCAGCUCUCCGCAGCGGAGCCGGCCGGGGAUGCGGCAGUGCUGCGGGACACGGUGCUGCCCUGCGUCCUCUGCUUCGACCUCUGCCACCCCGAGGGUUGUGUCAUGCCAUCCCCUGACCCGCUGGACGUGGACUUGGCCUUGGUGGUGGACAACACAGCCCCGGGGAUGCCGGCAGAGAGGCUGGAGGCCGUCGGCGAGCUCUUCCACCGCCUCCUGCAGCACCUGCGGCUAGCGGGGCCCGAUCCGGUGCAGCACGGCACCCGCAUCGCCCUGG